AGCUCCCCGGGAUUUGAAUGUCUGUUUGGCUUCUUAUCACUGUGCAGAUUAGUGUUGGUUUAGUGCAGAUAUUGCUGGUCAUGUGAAUCUCCUCCCUGUACUCCGUAGCUAGUAUAGUGUCUAUCCAUGUUUGAUAUGGGCAGUACCAAAGAUGGGCAUAUUCUGUCCUAGUUAGUUAGCUAUGUAGCUGGCUAUUCAACUUCGAGGGAGGUCUAAAUACACUUAUGAAUUAGCUACGAACCAUGGUUUCUAUACAGCUCAACCAUGGAUCCCAUAAAGAACCAUUGUAUACCCGAUGCGGCAACAAUAAAGAACAACCCCCAGAUAAAAGAAUCAUGAAACCACCAGACCCCGGUCAUUUCUCUACAUUAAAGUACUGAAGAAAGAAAACAAGAAAUGCCAUGAAAUGUCCAAGACAUCAAUUUAUACCCCCUGUCUCAUCUCGCUGAUCCUCACCACCCUCUUUCUCACCACCAUCACCAUCCUCCUCCUUACACCACCCACUUUUCUCCCACAUAUUAUCCCUCCCAUAUGUCCCUCACAGUCCCUAAGCCUACCAGACCAGACUCACGGUCGAGUCUUCAACGAGCGCCCUGAACUCGAACGAACAGUCAACGACUCGGACGAAGUCCAGACAUGGGAAUCCAUCCUCCUCCCGCCCGGUGGCGGAGGCAUCCUAUCUCAUACAAUUCCCGACCGUAUCCAUCUCACCGCUGACGAGAAGAAAGAGAAGAAACUCCUCAGCUGGGGAAUAUCAAUGUUCCAUCAAUUGCACUGUCUGAUUGUGCUGCGCGCGAUUGUCUUCCCUGAGACGACGGAGAACAAAAUCAACUCAACUAGUCAGGCGCAUUCGGGCAACAUGAUGCAUGACAAGGUACAUUGGGCGCAUUGCUUUGACUAUAUUGCUCAGGGCAUCCUCUGUGCUGCAGAUGACACGAUCGAACGGCCCCGGAAAACAAAGGACUGGCACGGUAAGACCAUCUUCGACAUCGAUGGGGUGGGCGCGGUGCAUCAGUGUCGAGAUGCGAGGGUACUGUGGCAGGCGUCAGUGAAGUCGAUGGAGGAGCCGGUGGAUAUGCAGGGCUGGAGGGAGGGAAUGGGCGUGCGGGCGUUCUUGGGCGAGAGGAAAAUGGGGGACGAUGAGAAGGUGCCGGAGUUGUAUAGCUUGGGUAUGGAGUAGUACGUUCAACUUGCUGUGAUGAUAGAUGUUGUA